CUGCGAUUACACUUGGCCGCAGAUUGGUGUUGUGUUUUGGCGUGUCAAGUUUUUGGCGCCGUUGCCGGGGACCCCUCUAGGUUAUUGGGGAAAAGUGAGAAUUUGUUACUCUAGCUUUUUAUUUUCUGCUUUUUAUUUCUUCCACCUGUGUGCCUUCACGGGUUGUUCCUGCUGAUUGUGUGCAGGUAGUGCAUGACCCGUAGCCAGUCGGGAGAUCUACUACCAUUAGACCAGGAGCUUGAACGAACCUGCAGAAACUUCAAGCGGGCUCUAAAGGCGCGACUGGCUGCGGAGGAGGCGCUAUCACAGCUGCAGUUAGAGGAGGAAGAAGAAGAGAUGGCUGAACCAGGGAACCAUGCUGUGAUCCCCGAGGAGCAGACCAUGGGCUCCUACUGGACCGCUAGGGCUGCGGACAUGAGGUCACCCAUUCAGCACCCUCAGGUCCCAGCCAACAACUUUGAGGUGAGCACCUCCGUGAUCACCAUGCUGCGCGGUUCAGUAGUGUUCCGUGGUAAGGAGGGAGAGUGCCCUCGAUCACAUCUCAGGCGAUUCCACGAGCUCAUCGAUGGAAUCAAGAUCAAUGGGGUACCAGCAGAUGCCAUCCAGCUGAGGUACUUCCCAUUCACUCUGGAGGGGCAGGCCAAGGAGUGGCUAGACACUCGAUCUCCGGGCUCCAUCACCACGUUCGCCAACCUGGCGGACAAGUUCCUCACCCGCUACCAUCCUCCAUCCAAGACAGCUGACCUGCAGAAGCAAAUUACACAUUUUGCUCAGGAUGAGGAUGAGACCAUCAGGGAUGCAUGGGAGAGGUACAACAGUCUUUUCCUCAGGUGUCCCAAUCAUGGUUUCAACAAUGCGUUCAAGGUGGGCACCUUCUAUCACGCCCUCUUCCCGGAGGACAAGCAGCUGAUCGAUUCGGUUUGUGGCGGGAACAUGCUGACCAAAACCCCGCCACAGCUGAAUCAACUCUUUGAAGAGAUGGCGGAGAAUGGUUAUGAUUGGGGCACUGCCAGGAGAUCGAGGAGAGCACCAGGCCGGGGUGUGCAUGCUGUGGGCACCCAGUCAUCUGAUUUGGUGCAGGUAGUAUCGAAGCUGGUCUCAGCUAUCGAUCGUUCCAGGAUGAUUCCAGGGACCGGACAGCAGCAGGCGAUGCUCUGCCAGUGGUGCGAGAGCACCCAUCAUAUGGUGGAAGACUGCCAGGCGAUGAAGGAAUCGACCACGCCCCAGGAGCAGGUGAACUUCAUCAACAAUGUCAGGCGCAAUGACCCCUACAGCAACACGUACAAUGACGGGUGGCGCCAGCAUCCUAACUUCUCCUGGACUGGGCCAAAUCCCAGACCACCAGCUCCACAGGGACCACCGGGCUUCCAGAGGCCACCAUAUCAGCCCAGACAGGGGCAAUUCCAGCAGCCAGGUGCAGCCCCUGCUGCCCCAGUGCAGAAUGAUCAGAUGGCUGAACUGCGGGACUUGGUGGGUUCUCUUGCCAGUGUUAGUGCUCAGAAAUUCAACACCUUUGAGCAGUUCAUGGAGAAGGCCUCGGGUCAACUCCUGGCUCUGGAAGCUGGUCAGAGGAAUACACGGGCUGUUUUGCAGGAUAUCCAGACCCAGCUGGGGAGCGUAGCCCAGGCAGUGGCUCAAAGGGCUCCUGGUACUCUACCAGGGCAGACCAUCCCUCACCCGCCGACCCCGAAUGAGCGCUGCAAUGCCAUCAUGACCAGGAGUGGCAAGAUGACUGUUGAUCCCCCUGCUCGGGAACCGGAGAAAGAAAGCCCUGUCUUAGCGGCUCCAGCGGUUGAACAGGAAGUAGAGAAGGAAGUUGAGGUGCCUGCACCUAAACCGCAACCAGUAGUGAAGGAGUAUGUCCCUAAACUCCCUUUCCCUACUCGGUUGCACAAAGACAGGCUGGAGGCAGAGUUCGAGAACUUCAUGGCCAUGCUUAAGAAGCUGAAUGUCCAAGUGCCCUUCCUGGAGGCACUAUCGCAAAUGCCAAAGUAUGCGAAGUUUCUGAAAGAGCUUCUCUCAAAGAAGCAGAAGCUGAGUGAGCUGGCCACAGUAGAGCUCAACGAGGAAUGCUCGGCUAUUCUGCAAAACAAGCUUCCGCAGAAGAAGAAGGACCCAGGUAGUUUUACCAUCCCGUGCUCUAUUGAUAAAUUGCAUGUAGAGAAGUCCUUGGCGGAUUUAGGUGCUAGUAUCAAUGUUAUUCCAUAUAAAUUGUUCAUGAAACUAGGCCUAGGUGAACCCCGUGCUACUAGGAUGACCCUUCAAUUAGCUGACAGAUCUGUAGUGCAUCCUAGGGGUAUAGUGGAAGACCUUCUGGUUAAGGUUGGCAAAUUCACAUAUCCCGUGGAUUUUGUUAUCUUGGACAUCAGUGAGGACACAGAAGUGCCUCUUAUACUGGGAAGGCCUUUCCUGGCCACCGCCAAGGCUCUCAUAGAUGUGCAUGAUGGGACCUUAGUUUUGAGGGAUGGCGAAGAGCGAAUAACGUUUUCUGUUGCUGAUACUAUACCUGCUUCGUCACCUCUGCAUGCUGUAUCUCACCAGGAGCACGAGUCUGUCGUGUAUCCUUCUGUGCUGCCCAUUUUGCAGGAACCGCCUCCCACACCUUCGCCGCCACUCCGGACCACUCCGUCACCCAAGGAACAGAUCAAGGAGGAGUGGCGGCCGAAACUGCAGGCAGCUAAGCCUGCUCGAAAGGAAGCCGGAGACCACUAUGAGCUGGUCCCGCCCCCUCCUUGGCCAUCCGAGUAUUCACUCGCUUGCAUCCUACCGGAUGGCCAAGUUGAGCUGGCGAAUGCAGGUGGCCACAUUCGUCGCGUGCAUGGCCACCAUUUGAAGCUGUACCUCAAGAGCGAUGUGGAUCCGCUCUUGAAGGCACCUGAUCCUACACUUCCCUGAGCACCCACUCACUGGCGUCCAGCUAAAAGACGGUAAAGAAGCGCUUGUGGGGAGGCAACCCCACCGAGGUUUGCAUUUUCUUACUCUUUUUCCUUUGAUUUUGUGUGUUUUUGAGUCUUGAGACGUUGAUCCAGAGUUACGUGUCGUUUUUGAGCGAAAACAGGUUGAUUUCGGGACUCCAACAAGUCGCACGGCCGGGACCACAACUUGCUUGGCCGUGCGGGCACCCCCCUUGGCCGUGCUAGCUCUCGGCCAAAAGCGCACGGCCAAAAGCGCUUAUUGCACGGCCGUGCGCUCAUCCUGGCCUGGCCGUGCGUCUUGCACGGGCACAAUAAUGCCUCGCAUGGCCGUGCGGGUAUUCCCCCUUGGCCGUGCGAGCUCUCGGUAAGGAUGGCACGGCCAUAUGUGCCAGGUGCACGGUCGUGCGCCUCGGCUCGGCCAGGCCGUGUCGGCCUGCACGGGCAGAAGCACGCCGUGCACGGCCGUGCGCGCCUGCCCGUGCGGCCGGGGCUGCUUCAGCUGACGGUGAUGAUGGAACUGCUGGCGCUGCUGCUGAUGAUGCGUUCAUGAACGACAUCGACCUCGACGAUCUUGGCGACGAGUAGGCUGUACUCGUUGCCCGUCUCAGUGUGUUUUCUUUUUCAUUUUAGACUUUUGUGUGUUUGCUCCAUGUGUGCGGAGCUUGAACUUAGUGUCGUUUGUUUUUGUUUUUGGUUUUUCCUUUGUGGUUUGAUGUAGCCGUCUGGGCUAACACUUAUCCCUAACGCACAGUGUGCUAGUGUGUUUCUGAUGUUCGAUUUGUGCAGCAUUGUCCACUCUCCCGUUCGUUUCUCGCUGACUGGUCCACUUCCAGUCCCCCAGCAGUGUUCCUACCCGGUAACAUCGUUCCCCUUAUCUUUCCCUCUGCUCCAUUGAGGGCAAUGUCGUUCUUAAGUGUGGGGGGAUGCUUUGUAUCGGUUGGAAUAUUUAUGAUGGUGCUUGGAGCCUAGUCCGCUGUCCGAAUCUUACGAUUUGAGGGCUCCAAGUACUGCUGUUUGAUCAUAUUGGCACUGUGUUUUGAUGGAUGAAUUGAUUGGUUUUCGGAUUAAUGCAUGACAACUUGUUUGCGACUAGGACAACCUAUGAUGAGGACUGAGAUGUGCAGUAGAACGAUGUAGGGGUUCAGUUUUUCAACUGUUUGCUUGCCAACUGUGACUUGAUCUGACUUGAUCUGAUUACUUGUUCUUAACAGUCGUUUAUGCAUCUAGUUCAGGGUAGCAGAAUAUGAGAUAGAGCAUAUAGGUAGCCAUGUGAGAUUUGAGCCUGCUCGUUUCUUUCUUGUGCGAUAGAUCCCUCUUCCAUGAUGUGUAGCAUUCACGUUGUCACUAGCUGAGAUGAUGGGGGCAUAGGAUUAGCCCACGCCCAAAACUGACUGUCCUGAUGUGUCAUAUCCCCUAGUCAGCCCCUUUGAGCCGUGUGUUAUCCUUUCUUUUGGUCUAUAAUGAAAAGAAAUCACCCUUGUUGCAUCUUUUAGAAGGUUCCACAGAGUGGUUUUUAUAUAUUCUCUGCUGUUUCUGCUAAAGUCUAUGGGAGUGUUGGAGGUAGUGCUUAAAAGUUGGGCGGAUGUUUGAAAUAUGUGCAGGAGUGGUGGCUCUCUUAAGAAAUGAAAAGAAAAAUG